CCGCUUUUCCUCAUUCCUUUAUCAUCUCUACCUGCCAGUCCAAACUCUAAAACCAAAACAUCUUUACUUGCUUUCCACUGUAAUCGUUACACACACUCCUCCCUCCCACUCUCGCUAAUUCUUCAUUGUUGAUCAUUAUCUUCUUUCUUCUUCUUCUAUAUAUUUAUAUAAACAAGUUACUCCAAACCAAAACAAAGCAAAAGGAUCUAAAUACAGUACAGGAACAGGAUGGGAGGUGUCGGUGGUGAGAUAUUUGUUGUUACAGGUGCUGGCCAAGGUCACCUUCACCCUUGCAUGGAGCUUUGCACCCACCUUUCCUCCCGCAAUUUCCACACUACCCUCGUCAUUCCCUCCAUCUCCGGCACCACCCCCACUCAGAUUCCCUCUUCCUUCUCUCAAAACCCACUCACUUCCUUCGUCUACAUCACCUCGGGUCCUCCUAUGCGCCCCGGAUCUGAUCCGACCCGCCAGCAAUCCGAACUCGAACUCCAAGCCCAUAUCACCACCAACCGCUCUCAGUCCCAACCUCCCAUCAUCUGCGCCAUCGUCGACUUCCAGAUCGGGUGGACCAAAGAGGUCUUCCAAAAAUUCAACAUCCCCGUCGUCAGCUUCGUCAGCUUCGGCGCGUGCGCCGCCGCCAUGGAGUUGGGCGCGUGGAAAGCCCAGGCCGGUCAGUUCAACCCGGGCGAGGAGGCCCGAUUCAUUCCCGGGUUACCCGAAGAAAUGGCCAUUACGCCCUCCGAUCUUAAACGAAAACCUGUAGGUCCUCCACCUGGCGGCCCACCUGGAGGCGGCGGUGGUAGAGGUGGUGGUGGUCCGCCUAAACCAGGUGAUCGGCCACCGUGGGUUCCAGAAGUUGAAGGCGCGAUCGCGAUGAUGUUCAACACGUGUGACGAUCUGGAGCGUCCGUUCAUCGACUACAUGACAGCUCAGAUGGAGAUGCCAGCGUGGGGCGUGGGCCCACUCUUGCCCGAACAGUACUGGAAAUCAUCAUCGUCCAAUUCGGUCAUCCGCGACCGUCAGAUCAGACAGCAGCAACGCCAAUCAAAUUACACCGAGGAGGAGGUGAUCCAAUGGCUAGACUCGAAGCCACGUGGCUCGGUACUGUACGUGGCAUUCGGCAGUGAAGUGGGUCCCAGCAUGGAGGAGUACCCACAAAUAGCUGCCGCAUUAGAACACUCAACAAACCAACCUUUUAUCUGGGUCAUACAACCCGGGUCGGGUAUACCCAAACACGGUGGUGGUGGGGGUCAACCCGGUUCAGAAAACCAAGAAGGGUACUAUCCACAUGGGCUGGAUAGCAAAGUGGGUGAGAGGGGUUUGAUAAUAAAGGGAUGGGCACCACAACUGUUGAUACUGAGUCACCCAUCGACUGGUGGAUUUUUGUCACACUGUGGUUGGAACUCGACAGCUGAGGCUAUAGGGCGUGGGGUCCCAUUUUUGGCAUGGCCCAUUAGGGGUGAUCAACACUACAAUGCCAAGUUGGUGGUGAGCUAUCUCAAAGUUGGGUAUAAAGUGGCUCAUGAUCUUUCAGAAAUGGUUAAAGAGGAGGACAUUGUGAGAGGAAUCGAGAGGCUAAUGGGGGAUCAAGAGAUGCAUGGGAGGGCUGCUAGGCUUCGUGCUAAGUUUGAGAAUGGGUUUCCUGCUAGCUCUGAGGCUGCUUUGGAUGCUUUUGGGGAUUUUAUUCGCCAAAAAGCACCUUAAAUUAAGAGGACUCGAGAUUUCAGUUGAUGUUUACAUCAUUUUCUAUGUUACCUUGUGUUGUGUGUACUGUGUGCCCCUGUUCAUGUAAAUAACAAGGGCUUACAAAUCUAAUCCAAAUAAGUUGCUUUUUUAAUG